AUGACAAUGGAUCCUACACCUGAUACCAAGCUGGAAGAAAGAGGUAGAACUAAAGAAGUGGGAAUAAUGAAAGUGUCACUUCGUGAACAAUCAGAAGAAAGAAUAGAUAAUGAAAGACCAGAAAGUUAUUAUUUUGCCAAAUAUUCAGAUAAAGAAAAGAAACAGUUUGAAGAAUGUUGUGUAACAUAUAAUGAUAUUUUCAGUCAGUUAUAUAUUGUGGAUUCACAACCUUGGAAAUGUCUUGAUUUGAAUAAAUAUAAUGCUAAAGUUGAAAUUGAACUUAAUAAACAAAAGGAAAAGAAGAAGAAAAAGAAUAGACCAGGUAAAAAGAAAAGAGAUGUUAAAGUAGCUUGCCGUCAACGUAAAUUGGAAAGAGCUAAAUUGAAGAAAUUGGAGGAAGAUGAGAAGAAGAAACAAUUGAAAAAACAAAAGUAUCAAAAGAAAUCAUUUGGUAAAUAUAACAAUACAAAGAGGAAACCGAACACUCUCAGAGGAGAAGGAGGAGGAGCAAAGAAACGACAACCACCACAACAAUCACAACAAUCGAAACCGAAAUAUAGAACUGAGUAG